AUGUCGGUACGUAUCAUUCUCAACCGGUUGAUCUGCGCGGGGGGGAGGGGAGCAAACGCUGACCCUUCCACCAACUCUUCUGAUGGCUACCGGUUCUUAGUAGACCAAGUCACGGUGAAAGCGAGUCCAACGAUCAAAACCAUGCUUAGCAUGGGUGAAGGCGGUGGAUUUGCCGAAGCUGAAUCUAAUACUGCUCGUUUACAGAUCAGGUACGCAACAACCCGUCUUCCUGCUCUCUUUAUUUCCGAGAUGGCCUUACUGACUUUGAAUACUGUUGAUGGAAGUAGAGGAGAAGUACUGGAGAAAGUCAUCGAAUACCUACACUUCAAAACAAAGUACGGCGCUGCAGCAGAUCUGGACAUUCCAGACUUUAAGAAUAGGAUCCCGCCGGAGAUCGCUCUCGAGCUGUAA